AUGGUUUAUUCAAAUCAAAACAAUGAUGACAAUGAUCCAAAAACAAACGAACAAGAUCGAUCACCAGAUUGGAUACCAACACAUGCAUCAUUAUCAUCAUCAUCAUCUCAUUUAAUAUUCAAUAAAAAACAAAAAAUUUGUACAGCAGCUAAAAUUCGUCGUCGAUAUUUAAAACCACCACCAUUAGCAAAACCAACAAAUCCACUAAUAUCUGAUCAUACUUACAUUAAUAAUAUUUAUUUACAAAAAAUUCCAGCUGAUUUAGAAAAAUUAUAUAAGUGGCUUAUAGAAGAAUUAAAAUCAUCUGGAAAUCCAAUAUCAAUGGGUGAAGUAUUAAUAAAAUAUAAAGAAUUAAUUGAAGAAACAAAUACUAGUACAACACGUGAAACUGCUUAUCGUGAACGAUUAAAAAAUCAAUUAGAAAAAUUUUAUUCAAAUCAAUUUAUAUUUGUAACACCAAAUAAACGUGAAGGAACAUUUAUUGCUCUUAAUGAUAUUGAUCAUUAUAUUCGACUUGCUAUUAAAAAUGCUAAACAAGAAAAAGAAAAAGCUACCGAAGCUUCAAUUCUAUCGUCUAUUAUUGUUCCAACAGCACCGAUUGAUCAUAAACGUCAAACAUGUGAAGCUGUUAUGAAUGGUGUUCGUAAAAUUCGUUUAUAUAUUCGUGAUCCAAAACAACUUAAUACAUUACCAUCAUUAUUAAUACGAAAUACAAUUGGUUUAAUAACAACAAGUGAAAAACAAUUUAAUAAAAUUUCGACUCAAUAUGAUUUUUAUCGUAUGAUUGAUGAAGAUUUAUUUGAUACUGCUCCUCCUACUACUACUAAUAGUGGUAAUAAUAAGAUUUUAAAUAAAUUUGAUAAAAACCUACGAAAUAUGAGUUUAGCAUCAGAUUUAAUUAGUGCACGACAUGAUAAUCGAAUAUCAGAAAAACAUUUUUUAUUAGCUGAUGAAUUUACAAAAAAAGAUUUUCAUUGUACACCAAAACAAAUAAUAACAUUAUUAAAUCGUUAUGGUCAUACAUGUUCAUAUAAAAGUUAUAUGAAAAUGAAAGCAUUAAAACAACGUACAACAAAUGAAUUAGGACAAGAAAUUAUUGAAGAAAUUGAAAAUAUAAUAAGAAAUGAUGAUAAAUCAUCUGAUUCAGAAAUGGAUUUAAUAGAAUUUUAA